AUGAUGGAUCUGUUGGAUCUACCGCCGGAAAUAUUCCAGAAGAUCAUCGCGAGCUACGUCCAUAAAGUUGGAGUCAGCGAGGCAUGGGAACGACGCGAUGUCUGCAGAACAUUUGCCGCCUUCAUCUCCGAAGAGUGCUUCGGCAGACAGCCCAUGAUCAGAUACGCGCAGCCGGCAGCCAAACGACUUUUCCUCCGACACGUAAAGCUGUUCCUUACAUACCGGUGCAAAAGCUUGUACGGGGCUCCGACACUACUGCCUAGUCUCGUCCGUAAAGUCGUUGAGCACUUCAUGACGACUACAUCACAGACAUCGGAGACAGUUCGCGAGGCCUAUACGGACCGAGUUUGCCACGCCAUCGUCAAUCACCUUCCUGAAGGCAAGCUAUUCAAACUCGCCACCAGACCCACCCUCCUCAUGUGUAACAAAGCCGCCAGCAAUCCGGUCGAAACCUAUUGCUUAACGAUCGCCAUAUUGAUGGAAGACAAGGAGCUUAUCACCCACUACCUCUCUCAGAGCGUCUCUGUGUGGAACGGAACCGAAGUCUUUGAGAUACCUCUCAAGGUCGCCGCACAAUCUGGAGCUAUUGAGUUCGUGGCUCAGCUCUUGGAGAACGCAAAGAGCAGCCUUACUAAGUCAGCUAAGGCCAAGCCGACGAUGCAUCUGAGCACCAUCAUCGAUCGCACUAUUCGGUCUGGACACUGGAAUGUUGCCAUCAUCGUCAUAGACUGGUGGUUUCAGCAUCUUCGUAAGCCCCUACCAGCGUCCGUAGAAGAUUGGGUCAUAGCAGCUGCUGGUAUUCCUACGACUAAGUUUCUACACCGGAUACUGGACUAUGAUCAUACACCCGCCGCAAAAGCUAGACUAGUGGAAUGCCUCUACUAUUCUCACUCUACUUGGGGCGUUGGUCGCAUGAACCGUCUUGCUAGGGCUUUGAUCAAUCGAAACAUUUUAGACCCGUCAAAGUUCUACAGUCAUGUACUCGCACUCUCCGGCUCUCUCUUAGCCCUCGCGGUUGAAAAGGGUGAUUUCCAACUCGCCACGAGAUACCUGAAGCUUGGUCUGAGUCCAAAUGGUCUGCAAAACCCAGAGGGCAACCUCGAGUAUCCGCUGGUCCGAGCCGUGAAGAAACGCGACGAGACUAUGGUUAGGCUUCUACUUGAUCAUGACGCCGAUCCAGAGCCAGCACAACGCUGGGUCUCCAAGGCUCCUGACGAGCCAGAUGAAAGGCCCUUCAAGCGCUUAUCAGAAGAAAUACGCUGUGACUGGCGGAAAGAAUGGGACACCACAGAGAGCAUUGAAGCACUGAUACGCCAGGCGGCCGAAGCCAAAGAUCGGAGAGAGAAAGAGACCUUCACUGACGCUUAG